CUUAAAGUUAGUGAGAGCGACAGCAGAGCUGCAGUCGAGACGAAUCUCUGUGUUUCUGUCUAAAGAAAAAUUAAAUAGAGUUGAUCAGGAUUUCCUCAACAACUGCUCAGAUACUGUGUGUCGACAUGUCUGCUGCCAGCAACCUGAGAUCUGAAGAUCAGUUCCUGUGCUCCAUCUGUCUGGAUGUGUUCACUGAUCCAGUCACUACACCAUGUGGACACAACUUCUGUAAGAACUGCAUCACUACACACUGGGACAUUAGUGACAGGUGUCAAUGUCCCAUGUGUAAAAAGGUUUUUAAAAGAAGACCUGAACUUCACAUCAACACUUUGCUCUCUGAGGUUGUUGCUCAGUUCAAACAUGAAGCUCAACAGAAAACCAGCAGCAGCAGCUCAGAGCAACAAGUUUCCAAACCAGGAGAAGUUCCCUGUGACGUCUGCACUGGAACCAAACUGAAGGCCCUGAAGUCCUGCCUGGUGUGUCUGACCUCCUACUGUGAGACUCACCUGGAGCCUCACCUGACAGUGUCAGGCCUGAAAAGACAUCAGCUGAUCGACCCUGUGGAGAACCUGGAAGACAGGAUGUGUACGAAGCACGAUAAACCUCUGGAGCUGUUCUGUCAGACCGACCAGACAUGUGUCUGCAUGCUCUGCUCUGUUUUAGACCACAAGACACAUGAGUUUGUUCCUCUGAAAGAAGAAUAUGAAGGAAAGAAGGCAGAGCUGGAGAAGACAGAGGCUGAAAUUCAGCAAAUGAUCCAGAAGAGACGACUGAAGAUUCAGGAGAUCAAACGGCUAGUCAACUUCAGCAAGGAAAAAGCAAACAGUGAGAUAGGAGAAAGUGCGGUCUUCACUGCUCUGAUGGAGUCUGUCCAGAGAAGCUUGAAUAAUCUCAUUGACGAGAUCGAAGACAAACAGAAAACCACAGACAAACAGGCUGAAGACUUCAUCACAGAGCUGGAACAGGAAAUCUCUGAGCUGAUGAAGAGAAGCACUGAGGUGGAGCAGCUCUCACUCUCUGAAGACCACCUCCACCUCCUCCAAAGCUUCCCAUCCCUGAAAGCUGCUCCACCCACCAAGGACUGGACAGAGGUCAGAGUCCGUCCACCAUCAUAUGAGGGGACUGUGGUGAGAGCUGUGGCUCAGCUGGAGGAGACGCUCAGUGAAGAGAUGAAGAAGCUGUUUGAGGCUGAGCUGAAGAGGGUCCAGCAGUAUGCAGAGGAUGUGACUCUGGAUCCUGAUACAGCAUAUCCUAGCCUCAUCCUGUCUGAUAAUGGAAAACAAGUGCAUGAUAGUGAUGUGAAAAAGAAUCUCCCAGACAAUCCAGAGAGAUUUUCUUACUGUGUUUUUGUCUUAGGAAAGCAGAGUUUCUCUUCAGGCAGAUUUUACUUUGAUGUUCAGGUUAAAGGAAAGACUGAGUGGACAUUAGGAGUGGCCAGAGAGUCGAUCAACAGGAAGGGAGACAUCACACUGAUCCCUGAAGAUGGUAACUGGGCGAUUUGUUUGAGAAAUGGAAACGAGUACAUAGCUGGCAAUGACCCUGCAGUCCUCCUCACUCUGAAGUCUCAGCCUGAGAAGGUGGGGGUGUUUGUGGAUCAUGAGGAGGGUCUGGUCUCCUUUUAUGACGUAGCUGCUGCAGCUCUCAUCUACUCCUUUACUGGCUGCUCCUUCACUGAGAAACUCUACCCAUUCUUCAGUCCCUGUAAUAAUGACGGUGGUGAAAACUCUGCUCCUCUGAUCAUCUGUCCGUCUAAAUUGCCAUAUCGCUUUCAUUAUAAAUCAUUGCCAACAUUGAAUAUACAUAUUCACCCAAUGAAGAAACGUGCUCUCAAAUUCGAAACACAAGUGCAUGGUUUUUGUGUCGACAUGUCUGCUGCCAGCAACCUGAGAUCUGAAGAUCAGUUCCUGUGCUCCAUCUGUCUGGAUGUGUUCACUGAUCCAGUCACUACAUCAUGUGGACACAACUUCUGUAAGAACUGCAUCACUACACACUGGGACAUUAGUGACAGGUGUCAAUGUCCCAUGUGUAAAAAGGUUUUUAAAAGAAGACCUAAGCUUCACAUCAACACUUUGCUCUCUGAGGUGGUUGCUCAGUUCAAACAUGAAGCUCAACAGAAAACCAGCAGCAGCAGCUCAGAGCAACAAGUUUCCAAACCAGGAGAAGUUCCCUGUGACGUCUGCACUGGAACCAAACUGAAGGCCCUGAAGUCCUGCCUGGUGUGUCUGACCUCCUACUGUGAGACUCACCUGGAGCCUCACCUGACAGUGUCAGGCCUGAAAAGACAUCAGCUGAUCGACCCUGUGGAGAACCUGGAAGACAGGAUGUGUACGAAGCACGAUAAACCUCUGGAGCUGUUCUGUCAGACCGACCAGACAUGUGUCUGCAUGCUCUGCUCUGUUUUAGACCACAAGACACAUGAGUUUGUUCCUCUGAAAGAAGAAUAUGAAGGAAAGAAGGCAGAGCUGGAGAAGACAGAGGCUGAAAUUCAGCAAAUGAUCCAGAAGAGACGACUGAAGAUUCAGGAGAUCAAACGGCUAGUCAACUUCAGCAAGGAAAAAGCAAACAGUGAGAUAGGAGAAAGUGUUCGGGUCUUCACUGCUCUGAUGGAGUCUGUCCAGAGAAGCUUGAAUAAUCUCAUUGACGAGAUCGAAGACAAACAGAAAACCACAGACAAACAGGCUGAAGACUUCAUCACAGAGCUGGAACAGGAAAUCUCUGAGCUGAUGAAGAGAAGCACUGAGGUGGAGCAGCUCUCACUCUCUGAAGACCACCUCCACCUCCUCCAAAGCUUCCCAUCCCUGAAAGCUGCUCCACCCACCAAGGACUGGACAGAGGUCAGAGUCCGUCCACCAUCAUAUGAGGGGACUGUGGUGAGAGCUGUGGCUCAGCUGGAGGAGACGCUCAGUGAAGAGAUGAAGAAGCUGUUUGAGGCUGAGCUGAAGAGGGUCCAGCAGUAUGCAGAGGAUGUGACUCUUGAUCCUGAUACAGCAUAUCCUAGCCUCAUCCUGUCUGAUAAUGGAAAACAAGUACAUGAUAGUGAUGUGAAAAAGAAUCUCCCAGACAAUCCAGAGAGAUUUUCUUAUUGUGUUUUUGUCUUAGGAAAGCAGAGUUUCUCUUCAGGCAGAUUUUACUUUGAUGUUCAGGUUAAAGGAAAGACUGAGUGGACAUUAGGAGUGGCCAGAGAGUCGAUCAACAGGAAGGGAGACAUCACACUGAUCCCUGAAGAUGGUAACUGGGCGAUUUGUUUGAGAAAUGGAAACGAGUACAUAGCUGGCAAUGACCCUGCAGUCCUCCUCACUCUGAAGUCUCAGCCUGAGAAGGUGGGGGUGUUUGUGGAUCAUGAGGAGGGUCUGGUCUCCUUUUAUGACGUAGCUGCUGCAGCUCUCAUCUACUCCUUUACUGGCUGCUCCUUCACUGAGAAACUCUACCCAUUCUUCAGUCCCUGUAAUAAUGACGGUGGUGAAAACUCUGCUCCUCUGAUCAUCUGUCCGUCUAAAUUGCCAUAUCGCUUUCAUUAUAAAUCAUUGCCAACAUUGAAUAUACAUAUUCACCCAAUGAAGAAACGUGCUCUCAAAUUCGAAACACAAGUGCAUGGUUUUCACUGAAAAUCUGUGGGGGCAAAUACAAGAAAUAAAACAUUAAAUUUUAAGUCAAGUGAGCAAAGCAGCAAGCAGAUAUUUUGGCUCAAUCUCAAGUCAAUCAGCUGUCAAUCAUGAAGUCACACCCCCUUUUAUUACCAUAAAAUAAUUAGUUAAAAUUACACAUAUCAGAAAAAUGACCAUUUGAACUUACAUCAGUGUGAUAAAAAAUACUACCCAAAAUGCCAGAAACCACAUUUGGGAAAAUUUUACUUGAUGUGUACUUUGAUUUGUCAGUUUGGUCCAUAUUCCAACUGCUAACAUGGAGGGGGCGGGGUUAAUGAUCUAUUUACACAGCCAGAUACCAGGAGACAACUGAAAUGUUUUGGCGUUAUUUUUAGGGAGCUGUCAUGUCAUCUGCCUUUAUAUAAUCAUAGACUCAGUGAAACUAUAUGCCUAGGAUGGCAGUGAAUCAGACACAUGACAACAAACCAAACAAUGACGAACUGAUUAUUUUUCAAAGGAAGAGUGUGUCACUGUGAUUCAUGGGAACAAACAUAUUCAGUGGUUAUGUACAGUGUAAACAUGUUUUAAUCAGAAGAUGAUUAAUAAGGUCACUUUUAUUUAAUGCAUGUUGGAGUUUUCAUUUUACUUGUCUCUUUACUGCUUCAGUGCCCCCCCCCCCAACCCCCCAAUAUUGAUUCAUCAACCUCUUCAGUGCUGUGACACCCAGUGAUGUAUCCAUCAUGACAAACAUGUGAGGAGAAACCCUGAGCCCACACAACUUCAAAAUUCAUUCAAUGUCCCAAAGUUUAUUUGUAAAAACAGAAAGUGUGUGACUGGGUUUUUAGGUAAAUGUUUCCACAGUGACGUUCACUUUAUCUAGACUUGUUUCAGUUUGAUGUGAUGAUGCAGCCAUAACAGUCCUGGUGUUCUGAGCUGAAAUAUUUCACUCAGUGUGUCACGAAGCUUCAGAGUUAAAACAUGAACAGAGAGAGUACAAUAUGAGUCACGGGUAAAAAGGGGGAUUUUUCUUUAAUUGUGAGGAAACUUUGGGUGAACACAUGAAUUUACUGGUGUCAGUUACACUCUGCAAUGUAGUAAUAAGGUAACAGGGUUUUUAGUGUAUAAAUGACUGGGCUUUGGAUUAAGUUUUACUGAUACACAGUUGUUGUAGUUUGGAUUUAAGAUGUUUCUCAGCUGGCGUGUAAGUUAUUUGGCUGUGGGUCUGAUUCUAUUGAUCUCUAUAUAUUAAUAGUGAUGAUGUGUUUUUCUAGCUUUUAUUGUGGUAACAUUUAUUUUGUAAACCAGAGAGAAUGGUUUACUCAAGUGAAACUGGCAUAACGACAGUGUUUCCUGUUCAAACUUUAAAUGCACUGUAUGAAUUUACGCUUUAAUAAACUUAAAAAAAGAA